AGAGUCGCAAUAGUCGCAUCGCAUCCGCUCGCAUCGUCGCGGAGCAUAUCGGAGCGAUCCAUGAUAAAGUGCGCAUAAAACGAGAUGGCAUUGUUCCGGAUAUUGCCCGCCGGAAUUGGCACGACGUCCAAGUUUAUCUCACGGAGCGUCCCAGCCGUGUCUUAUCACGUAAACGUACUAGACCACUACGAGAAUCCCAGAAACGUUGGCUCCCUGGAUAAGAAUGACGAGCAAGUCGGGACAGGUCUUGUGGGUGCACCGGCCUGUGGCGAUGUGAUGAAACUUCAGAUCAGAGUCGACGAAAAUGGCAAGAUAGUCGAUGCAAAAUUCAAGACCUUCGGUUGCGGUUCCGCUAUUGCCUCGAGUUCUCUAGCAACGGAAUGGGUUAAGGGAAAAACGGUAGACGAAGCAUUGGCGUUGAAAAAUACAGACAUUGCAAAGGAACUUAGUCUCCCGCCUGUCAAGCUGCACUGUUCGAUGCUUGCCGAGGACGCGAUUAAGGCUGCUCUGUCAGAUUAUCGCAUCAAACAACAGUCGAAGAGUAAGGAAAAGGACGAGGCGACCAACUGAAUAGAAGCACUAAUGGAAAUAUUUUAAUUACGCAAGGUGAUAGCAGCAGAAACUAGACUUAACUUACAGAUAGUACUAAGGAAAUUAUUAUUAUUGUAAUAAUAAUGUCGUAGAUCAAGCUCUGGGAAUUGUACAUUCCUUAGGCUAUAUAUAAAACCUUUGCUCUCAAAAUAUUUCCUAACAUAGCAAUAUGAAUCGUACCUGUAUUCCCUCUAUCAAAUGAAAUAAAUUAAUUUAACUAGA